AUGCCUACAGUCAUUCACCUGAGGGCUGAGACGAAGCCUUUGGAGCGUCGUUCGCCGCUAUCACCGGAGUCGGCCAAGGCUCUCCUUCAGGCCGGGUAUGUCGUCCGCGUCGAGCGGUCUUCUGACCGCAUCUACAAAGAUGCCGAGUUCGAGGCUGUCGGCGCAGAGCUAGUUCCUGGCGGGUCGUGGUUGAAGGCUCCGCAGCAGGACAUCAUCCUAGGCUUGAAGGAGCUUCCUGACGACGAUAUUCCCUUCCCCCACGCGUACAUCCAUUUCCAGCAUGUUUUCAAAAAACAGCAAGGGUGGGCUGCGUCGCUCUCGCGCUUUUCGCGGGGUGGUGGCACCUUGUACGAUCUCGAGUUCUUAACCGAUCCAGACGGGCGCCGAGUGGCUGCGUUCGGCUACUGGGCCGGGUAUGCUGGAACCGCCAUCGCCCUCUUGUCCUGGGCUCAUCAGUUCUCCAACCCAGGAACUCCACAGGGUCCAGUGCCGGUCUUCGACUCGGCGCCUGCUCUGACCGACUAUGUUAAAUCGGCGAUCGAGGCUCCGGUGCGCGCCAACGGCGGCCAGCUCCCUCGCGUCAUCGUCAUCGGCGCCCUCGGCCGCUGCGGGAAAGGCGCAGUAGACUUCUGCACUGCUGCCGGCAUCCCUGACGAAUCUGUACUCAAAUGGGAUCUCGCCGAGACCGCUCGCGGUGGCCCAUUCUCAGAGUGUGCCGAGUCUGACAUACUUGUCAACUGCGUUUAUCUCGGGCCGAAGAAAAUUCCCCCCUUCGUCACCUUCGAAUCUCUUUCCGUACCCGGGAGGCGGCUGCGCGUGAUCUGCGACGUUAGUUGCGAUCCCAACAGCGAAAACAACCCGAUUCCCAUAUAUUCCACUCACAGCUCAUUCAACAAUCCUACCACGUUUCCCUCGCAGAAGAUUGACGCACCGGAACUCCGGAUCAUCGCCAUUGAUCAUCUUCCGACCUUGGUAGCUCGCGAAUCCAGCGAUGAAUAUUCCCGCUUGCUUCUGCCGAGCUUGCUCACUCUGGACCGCCGAGAGAGCGAAGGUGUCUGGACGAGGGCAGAACAGACCUACAAGGAAAGGGUUGCGGAAUUGCCCUAACCGUGUAUCAAGUGCGGCGCAAGGGCGGACGUAAUGGGCAGUUAGCAGGAGCCGUGGCCGUUCCACAACCUACCCGCCCGCGUUUCUACUGUUGAUGGAGAACAUCUGGCGGUCAACGAUAACUGCUGCAGGCAGACCGUAAUAUUAGUGAUGGCCGAAUAGGGGGAGGGGGCCCAAGGCAAUAGAGAAAAGUCAAGUGUGACGUGAAGACAAGACUGAUGCAUAUUGGCCGAUUUAAAUACCGAAAUUGCGCGCUGCUCUACCUGCCUAGCUGACAUAUCGGUGCGUAGUACGCCGCCCACAGACACGUGCGCCCCUUGCGCCUCGUUUAGGGGGGCGGAUGAACCCCCUAGCUUCCACCGCUGCCCUAGCCGUGAAAACCUCCCACUAGCCGCACCAGUUCUGAGGUAGCCUAGGAGAAAGUAACCGCGGCAGUCUGUUGACCAGGUUAAUGUUAAGGU